AUGCAAGCGCUACGCAGCGCUACGGCUACUGCCUCCAACAGGAGCAGCUCACGCCCCACCCCGGGCUCACCACGUUCCUCCUUGCACACCGAAGACGGCUCUCUGCACACGGCCGACAUGGUGGUGGCCAUCCGUUCCACCCACCGUCUGUCCAGCGGGGCCCUUCCCGGCGACGGCGGCAGCGCCUCUCCUCGCCUCCCUCCUUCCCCGCCCCGCCAACCACCCCCGACGGCGGCUUCGGGGCGGGGCCUGCUCGGGGGCGGCCCCUCGCCUCGGCUCGCCCCCGAGGGCGGGGGGGUGAGGGAGAGGAGGGAGACGUGCGCGUCGGGGAGGAUUGGGCCUCCCCGCGACCCAUCUGCUCUUUUCUGGUUUUUCUUUUCCAGGGCCGAUUACUGGAAAUCGCAGCCGAAGAAAUUCUGUGAUUACUGCAAGUGCUGGAUAGCCGACAACAAGCCUAGUAUUGAAUUCCAUGAAAGGGGAAAGAACCACAAGGAAAAUGUGGCUAAGAAAAUCAGUGAGAUUAAAAAGAAAAGUUUGGAUAAAGCAAAGCAAGAAGAAAAAAUGUCAAAGGAGUUUGCAGCCAUGGAGGAAGCAGCAAUGAAGGCAUACCAGGAGGAUUUGAAAAGGCUUGGAGUCAAGACAGAACCUGUAAGUCCAGUCCCCCCAAAAAAACAGGAGGAAAAGCGAGAAAAGAAGGAAAAGAGGAAAAAAGAGAGAAAGGCCCCAGAAGCUUCAUCAAGGGAAACAAAAGUAUGGGUGCGCGGAUUUUCUUCAGAAGGCUACAUGUAUUACUAUAACACCAUAUCAGGAGAAUCACAGUGGGAGAAGCCAGAAGGAUUUGGAGACGACCCUCAGGAGUCCCAAAUGCCAGGACAGUGGGUGGAAGGAGUGAGUGAAGAUGGUCAGACUUAUUACUACAACACAGAAACAGGAGUAUCAUCCUGGGAGAAGCCUGACGGUUUUGUGUCUUCUUCAAAUGAAAGCUGUCAAGAGGAAAGCUGUUCUGGGGAGGGCCGGGAAGCAGAGUCAAUGGGAACCGAGUCAGAUGCUGGAAAGGAGGGCCGUCAGAUGGAGCAGCGCAAGCCCCAGCGGGUAAUCCAGCGGAAAACAGAAAGUGAUGAAGAAGGAGAAGAAAAGCCGCGCAGGCCGAAAAAGUUCAGCCCGUACGGAGAAUGGCAGGCAGUGAAACCAGAACGUGUCGAGCCCGAGGACAGAGCUCCGGCUCCGCGGAAAACGACCCAGGCAGCCUCUGCGACAGCCAAACCGUACGGCGAGUGGGAGGAAAUCACCAAGGAGGAAGACCCCUAUGAAAAAGUAGACUUAGAGCUUCCCAAUACGGAGAAUGAUUUUCUGCCGGCUCCAGUUCUGCAAGCACCAGAGGAUGCCAAAAUGAUAUUUAAGGAAAAAACUGUCACUUCCCUCAGCGACACGACAGCAGGGGAAUCAGUUUUCAAGAAGCGGAAAUUCGAAAACGGAAAAUCUAGAAACAUACGACAAAGAUUGGACGAUCACUGAUACUUC